AUGGAAAUGAUUAAUACGAGCCUCUCAAUUGAUGGGGUCAGAUCAUCAGUGGCAUUGCGAGGCCCAUCUCAUGGUCCACCGCCUCCACCGCACUCACCACCUCCACCACCGCCUCCACCACCUCCCCCACCUCCGAAGAGUUGCUCGGAUAUGAGAUGCGCACCUGGACUGCAUUGUGAGAUGGUUGGUCCCGGUCGAAGUCCAAAAUGCGUAGAAAAUCGUCCGCCGCCGCCUCCACCACCUCCACCACCAACUCCUCCAGUACAUAAUCCUCCUCCACCUCCUCCACCUCCACCGAGACCACAACCACCUACAUGUGCGAAUGUGAGGUGCCCAGGUGGAACCCGUUGUGUGAUGGUGACCGAGCAGUGCUUACGUCCACCUUGCCCAGCUCCGGCACCGCUGUGUAUAAGCAAU